AUGAACAGUGAAAGGAGGGGUCAUUCCCACAGCGGCGAGGGUGUGAGGCGGGUCCAGCAGCUUCCAAAUCGCACCGUACAAGUGCUGGUGAUCAAAUACGCCAAGGACACGCGGUACAGCAGCAAGUUCUCCACGCACGACCGGAACACCAUGGAGGCCCUGCCGGCCUGCCUGCUGCGGGACGUAGCCCAGGAGGCCAUGGGCGUGGCUGUCAUCGGCAUCGACGAGGGGCAGUUUUUCCCGGACAUCGUGGAGUUCAGCGAGACCAUGGCCAACGCCGGGAAGACGGUCAUCGUGGCUGCGCUGGACGGGACCUUCCAGAGGAAGGCCUUCGGGACCAUCCUGCACCUGGUGCCGCUGGCCGAGAGCGUGGUGAAGCUGAACGCCGUGUGCAUGGAGUGCUUCCGCGAGGCCGCCUACACCAAGAGGCUGGGCCUGGAGAAGGAGGUCGAAGUGAUUGGAGGAGCCGACAAAUACCACGCCGUGUGCCGCCUCUGCUACUUC